GAGAGGAGCACCUUGUCUUUCAUGAUGCUGCAAUCGAUUGCAGCAUUGCUCCUUGCAGCAUCCACGGCCGUAUACGCGGAAGGCAACUACGGUGGCAGCGCAUCGCUUCCAUUCCCGCCGUUUUCUGGAGACCCAUUCAAAAAGUACGAGCUCAGUGCGAAGGGCAUCAAGGCUUCAUUCAUCCCAUAUGGCGCACGUCUCACCAAUCUAUAUGUGAACGACAAGCAUGGACAUAUGCAGGACGUAGCUGUCGGCUACGAUGAGGGCUCGCGAUACCUGGAAGACUCAGAAACGAACCACACUUACUUCGGUUGCGUCGUUGGACGUUACGCAAACAGAAUCAAGAACGGCACUUUUACAGUCGACGGCCAGACCUCUCACAUCCCUACGAACGAGCACGGAGGCGCAAAUACCUUGCACGGUGGUAGCGUCGGCUAUGACCAGCGUAAUUGGACUGUUGCGAAAAAAACCGAAAGCAGCAUCACUUUCUACCUCUACGACCAAGGCUACGAGGGCUUCCCAGGAGACGUUCUUAAUGUCGCAACAUUUACACUUGCAGACGACCAGUCAUUCACCUCCAGGUUGGUCUCGAUUCCAUUCGACAAGGCCACACCGAUCAUGCUCUCGCACCAUAUCUACUGGAACCUUGGAGCAUUCGUAGACCAAGACGCUCUCACCAUCUUGAACGAUACCCUGUACAUGCCGUAUGCAGACCGGUAUAUCCAGACCGACGGCAUCCUGGUUCCAAAUGGAAAUAUUGCAUUGACAAGCGGUACUGCCUUGGACUUCACCAAGCCCGGCACGAUCCUUGGCGACAACAUCAAGAAUGCCAAGGGAUUCUGCGGCACCGGAUGCACCGGAAUCGACAAUGCUUUCAUCAACGACUUCCCGCCAUAUGCUGCACCCAAAGACCAGACUAGGAAUGUUCUCCAGAUGUCCUCCCCAAGCACCGGCAUCAAACUUGAUAUCGAGACGGAUCAAGGAGGAAUUCAGAUCUACACCUGUGUCGGCCAGAAUGGCUCCAUUCCAGUGAAGAAGGAUCAACAGCACAUCCAGGGCCAGACAACACACGUUGAGAAGUAUGGCUGCAUUGUCAUCGAGACCCAGGACUGGGUCGGUGCCAUUAAUUAUCCACAGUGGGGCCGCGAUCAAUUUCAGAUCUUUUCUCCAGCGACCGAGCCUGCGGUGAACUACGCGAAGUUCAAGUUCAGUGUUAUCACCAGCUGAAAAGAUCAUAAGAUACCAUGCGGAUAAUGAAGAGGAUGAGCAUGAAGCAUGAUCGAUGAAGCUUCGUAAUCGAACCAUAAUGCAUAGUAAUCUUACAUGACAGAUGAUCGACC